CGUUCGCUCUCAAAACCGCAGGUCCGCAGCCAGAACGAAAAUCUGCGGAACCAAAACCAGAAACCGCCAAACCAAUUCACCUUCUAUAAGAAACCAUUCAUCGAACACCAUUUCUGCAUAGUUAUCAGUUCUAGCACACUCGGUUUUAUUUUUGUCGUCAACACAACAAUCUCUUGUUUGUCGAAGCAGAUUCAGGGAUCCGGCUUCCGAUGGCUGAUUUUGAAGCGAAAGAGCGGAGGGUAAUGGUUGCGGUGGACGAGAGCGAGGAGAGCAUGUACGCGCUGUCUUGGUGUCUCAAAAACCUCAUUCCUCCAGAUGCACAGACUACCCUCAUCCUCCUCUACGCAAAGCCCCCUCCUCCCGUCUACUCUUCUUUGGAUGGCACAGGUUAUUUGUUCGCUAGUGAUGUAAUCGCAACCAUGGAGAAGUACAGUAGAGAUUUGGCCGAUUCCGUGAUGGAGAGAGCUGAAGCGAUUUUCAAGAAUCACAGCAACAUCAAAGUAGAGAAGAAAGUGGGGAGCGGAGAUGCGAGGGAGGUGAUAUGUAUGACGGUGGAGAAAUUCGGAGCUGACCUGUUGGUCAUGGGAAGCCAUGGCUAUGGCUUCUUCAAGAGGACUGUUCUAGGUAGUGUGAGCGAUUACUGUGCAAAGCACGCCAAGUGUCCCGUCUUGAUUGUGAAACGACCCAAGAAUUGAUUCUAUUUUUUGGGAACAUUUGGGCUUGGGCUUGAGAAAUCUAGGUUGGGUUAGGAUUGGGCGGUGCAUGGUGUAAUUAUAAUGCAGAUUGGAACCUAACUGAUAUGAUUGUAUAUGAUGUCUAUUUGUGUGUAUGUAUUAUGUAGUCCAAUGGAUAUUCCAUCUUCCAUCACGCCA